AUGGGUACAGGUCGAUCAGGAGCUGGCAGGGCACGCGCACACGCCAAGAAGAAGCAGUACAAACGCGGCCAUGCGACAAAGAACCGCGCACGCGACAUCGAUCAGAUCCAGGACGACCUGUGCGUGGAGAAGGUCUCAGGCAAACAGAUGGCCUUUGAGGUAGACGAGGACCUGCCGGGUCUCGGCCAGUUCUACUGUACGCCAUGUGGCCGUCACUUUAUCGACGCCAAGACACGCGACGUGCACCUCAAGACCAAAGUGCACAAGCGGAGAUUGAAAGACGUUGCUCAGAAGCAGUACACACAGAACGAAGCCAUGCAGGGCGCUGGAAAGGGCAUUGAGACGUAUACGCCUGCGCAUCCAAAGGAGAGCAGCGAUAUGGACGAUCUGUAG